AUGGCUUCACAGAACAGUGCUCCGAUCAGCGAAACGAGACUGAGACAGAUCGCGAUGGAUGCUUGUCAGGUCGCCAUAGGCAGCGCCGACUACUACGAGCACGUCAAGGUUGAGGGCUGGAACUCGUCCAUAAUCAACUCCAUCCUCCGCAACAUCAUCUCCGAGUCAACGCCCUCGGGCUCGCAGGCCCCGGCGCACAAGUACGUCGUCAACAGCACGAUCGUGCAGCACCUGGUGCCGACGUCGGCCCUCAACAAGCCCCAGGGCGGCAGCGACACGCGCGGCGACGAGCCUCACAUCAGCACGAGCAGCGGCAGCGGCGACGGGGCCACGGCCACGAACGGCAAGCCCCACGUCGGCCGCCGCGGCAUGCACUCGGCCACCCAGGCCUUCUGGAACGAGAAAACGGACGGCAUGUGGAGCUUCAAGUACGAUGGCGGCGAGGGCAAGGGCAUGGACGUCGUCAUCAGCGUCAUCUGGAUCGGCAUAUAG